AGAAACAAGUUAUAAAGUCAUAUAAAAAGAUUUCUGAAAUACAGAUUAAAGAUGAGUUCAAAGGUUCCUUUUCUGGAAUUUUCAAAUGGAAACAAAAUGCCAGCAUUUGGUUUGGGCACUUAUUUAUCGAAGCCAAAUGAAGUGGAAGAAGCUGUAAAAUAUGCCAUAGACUUAGGGUAUCGAUCCAUUGAUACGGCUUAUGUGUACCAAAAUGAAAAUGAAGUUGGAAAAGCGAUUCAAGUAAAAAUUCAGGAUGGGACUAUUAAAAGGGAAGAUAUUUUUGUUACCACAAAGCUGUGGAAUACUUUCCACAAAGAAGAGCAGGUAGUUUCAGCUUGUAAAGAGUCAUUAAGAAAACUUGGUUUGGAUUAUGUGGACCUGUACCUUAUUCAUUCUCCAAUGGCAUUUAAGGAAGGACCAGAAUUGGUACCCGUAAAUGAGGCAGGAAAAGUAUCAACUGUUGAUAUCGAUUAUUUGGAAACUUGGAAAGGGAUGGAAGAAUGCUCUCGCCAAGGACUUGCUCGUAAUAUUGGUGUUAGCAACUUCAAUUCUGAACAGAUUACAAGAUUAUUGGCGGCAGCAACGAUAAAACCGGUCAAUAACCAGGUGGAGCUUAAUAUCAACAUAAAUCAAAAACGAUUGACUGAAUUUUGUAAUAGCCGUGGCAUAACGAUAACUGGUUAUACUCCCCUUGGAAGACCUGGUAAUCCAGAAUCUGGUGAUAGAGAUAUUCCUAACUUUUUAGAAAAUCCAAAAAUCAUCGAACUUGCGAAAAAAUAUGGAAAAACUUCAGCCCAAAUCGCCUUAAGAUUUGUCAUACAACUUGGUGCUGCUGUCAUUCCAAAAUCUGUGACCAGAUCCCGAAUCAAGGAGAACUUUGAGAUUUUCGAUUUUGAAUUGACUGAAAACGAAAUGAAAAUUCUUGAAGCUCUUGAAACUGGAAAACGAGUCGUGUUAGUUGAGAAGCUUAAGGACAACAAAUAUUAUCCAUUUGGCAUUUCAUUCUAAUCUACGCUAUACGAAUGAACUUUAGAGAAUAAACAAGACUCACUUUUCAUAUUAGUAUUAAGAUGAGAUGCAUUACUAUCAAAUUAGGAAGGAUUUUGUUGCUAUAUAAAAUUUAAUUUUGAAAACUUGCAUUGUAUUUUUC